GUGGAGCCGGGGCCCAGCGCUAGGGAGAGGGCCUGGGCCGAGAUCCCGGGCGAGCGGCUGGGGCAGGGUUGGGCCGGCUCAGGGUGGGGCAGGCAGAGGAGGUGGGCAUCCGGGGCCCCCUGGGCAGGAACCCGCACUGGACUCGGGGGUGGAGGCGGGUUGAGGAGGGCGGCAUGACCCCAGCGCGCCCCUCAUUCUGUGCUAUCUCUCUCCCCUUCCCGCCUGCCGGGCGCCCUCAGGCACCAUGCUGACCCGCCUGUUCAGCGAGCCCGGUCUCCUCUCGGACGUGCCCAAGUUCGCCAGCUGGGGCGACGGCGACGACGACGAGCCGAGGAGCGACAAGGGCGACGCGCCGCCUCCACCUCCGCCUCCGCCAGGGCCGGGGGCUCCCGGGCCCGCCCGGGCCGCCAAGCCGGUCCCUCUCCGUGCAGACGAGGUGCCGGAGGCCGCGCUGGCCGAGGUCAAGGAGGAAGGCGAGCUGGGGGGCGAGGAGGAGGAGGAAGAGGAGGAGGAGGAAGGGCUGGACGAGGCAGAGGGCGAGCGGCCCAAGAAGCGUGGGCCCAAGAAACGCAAGAUGACCAAGGCGCGCCUGGAGCGCUCCAAGCUGCGGCGGCAGAAGGCGAACGCGCGGGAGCGCAACCGCAUGCACGACCUAAACGCGGCGCUGGACAACCUGCGGAAGGUGGUGCCCUGCUAUUCCAAGACACAGAAGCUGUCCAAGAUCGAGACGCUGCGCCUCGCCAAGAACUACAUCUGGGCGCUCUCGGAGAUCCUCCCGGACUACAACAGCUCCGAGUACGAGGGCCCGCUGAGCCCCCCGCUCUGUCUCAAUGGCAACUUCUCGCUCAAGCAGGACUCGUCGCCCGACCACGAGAAGAGCUACCAUUACUCUAUGCACUACUCGGCGCUGCCCGGCUCGCGGCCCACGGGCCAUGGGCUGGUCUUCGGCUCGUCGGCUGUGCGCGGGGGCGUCCACUCGGAGAAUCUCUUGUCUUACGAUAUGCACCUUCACCACGACCGGGGCCCCAUGUACGAGGAGCUCAAUGCGUUUUUCCAUAACUGAGACCUUGAGCCCGCCCCUUUCUUUUUCUUUUGCCUUUGCCCGCACCCCUGUCCCCAGCACCCCCGAGCGCAGGGGCAUUCCCCACCUAACCCGGCGCGGGGCGCGGGGAGCGGGCCGCCGAUCCUGCUGCUCUUCUGGGCGGCGAGGUCCUCUUACCUGUGGGUGGCCCGUCCCAGGGGCCUCGCUUCCCCCAGGGGACUCGCCUUCUCUCUCCCCAAGAGGUUCCCUCCUCCUUUUUCCCAGGGAGUACUUUUACAGGGACUCCUCUUCGGGAACUCCCUGGAGACCCCUCCGCCCUAAUUCCCAAUUCCUGCACUUAGGUUUCCUCCUCCCCUUUCCCCCUGCAGGCCCAAAGGCGUUGGUAAGGGGGCAGCUGAGCUGUGGGAUAC